GUCUGCUGUAAACAGUGAUAUUGGCAGACAGACGCAUCAAUGUAAAUGAAACAUUGGCUAGUAUGAUAUCCCGUUGACCAAACCACGAAGCGAACAGCUGUCUAAAAGGGAAUUUCACAGGCCUUAAACAUGAAGGGUCUUUUCCUCAUAGAACCUAUCGUUGCCAUCUACUCUUUCGCCGGUUUUCUGGUCUAUCCCCUUGUGCAGCAGUAUGUGUACCGACGGCUUUGGCAGGAGCUGACCAAUACCAGCUAUCCCAUCUCUGACAACAGCUCCAGAUGUGCAGCAAACAACAGCAGCAACCAUAGCAGCUACCAUGAGGAGGUUCAGAAGCAAGCAUCUCUCUUCUCCCUGUACACAGACCUCUUUUCCACAAUACCCUCACUGGUUGUCACCCUCAUUCUGGUGUCCUAUAGUGACAAGCGAGGCCGCAAGAUCACCAUUAUUAUGCCACUCAUCGGUACGCUGGUCUAUAACAUAUCCUUCCUGGCAGUGUCCGUCUUUGAGCUGAAUGUCUACCUGCUGAUCGGUGCCUCGCUGGCCAGUUCGAUGUUUGGAGGCUUGGGAACAUUUUUGGGUGGCUGUUUCGCCUACAUAGCAGACUUGUGUGAGGAUGGGAAUCAGAAGACACUCCGUAUGGCUGGGCUGGAUAUGGUGAUCGGCCUACUGUCUGGGGUGGCCUCAUUAUCGACGGGCUACUUUGUAAGAGCUGCAGGUUUCAACUGGCCUUUCCUUACUUCAGUCCUGUGUGUGUUUCUCGUCCUACUUUAUGCCGUCUUCAUUUUGGAAGAGACAAUGAAGGCUCCCGUUGACGCCCUCUCUGUGGUUGGGCCUCCUCAGCGCGCAUCAGUGAGCCAGAUGGCUUAUAGGAUCUACCAGCUGUUUGCAGGGGCCAGUCAUAGGCGUUGCACUCUUCUGGUGCUCCUGCUGCUCAUCUUCCUCACCUACAACUUUGCCAACAUAGGUGGGCUGUCCAUGAUAACGUUGUAUGAGCUCAAUGAGCCCCUGUGUUGGAGUGAGAUUCUGAUUGGCUACGGCUCUGCACUGGGCACCACUGUGUUCCUGGCCAGUUUUGUGGGUGUGUCUGUGUUUACGUACUGCGGCGUUCCACAACUGGUCAUUACUGUCAUGGGGAUCUUCUCGCUCAUCACAGGCAUGACUCUGGUGGCCUUUGCCAAGACCACCUUAAUGAUGUUUUUGGUGAGGGUGCCAAUGCUUCUGGCCAUUAUGCCGUUCCCAGUUGUUCGCUCCAUGAUGUCAAAGAUCGUCUCAAAGGCUGAGCAGGGAGCUCUCUUUGCCUGUGUGGCGUUUUCGGAGAGUCUCAGUGGCAACGUGUCAGUGGCUGUCUUCAGCAGCAUCUAUGCAGCCACAGUGGGGUGGUACCCUGGCUUCACCUUCCUGUUGGCUGCAGGGAUCUGUGUCAUCCCCAUUGCUCUCGUGGGGGUGGUGGGUGUGCUAGGGGUGGACGUUGCCAAAGAGGAGUCAGAGUCCCUCAUCUCAGGAGAGGAGGAACCUGCUGGAGAUCAGAACGACAACAACGCUCUGCCCUGCUGAGCGACAAAGGGAUAACCAGAUGACCAAACCGUCACCAGCACUUUCCUCAGUUUUGGUUCUCUUUUCUCAUGAAGCAAAUGCACAGCACUGAGCCGCAAGGCCUCCACGUACACACAAACCUCAACAAGACAAUUCUCAUUCCAGAAAUACUCGUAUUGGCCUUUUUUUCAUUUUGUUACAUUUCUGCACUUUUAGCUAACCCUCCGUUCAGAAGUUGUCAAAUCCACAUUACAUCUCACAUACUCACAGAGCUGGUUGGAUGUACUCUACAACUCCAGCAUAAGGCAUAGUGGGUAUACAGGCUCUGCUGAAUAAAACAAAUAACUCAGAACUGGCAUUUGCAACAACUGAUUAAAUUACAAAUUACAUUUUGUUACAAAGUUGCUGAAAAUCAUACUGUCUGUAAUACGUUGCGCUGUUACAGUUCCAGUGGCUUUGAGUUGCAUGUUUUUUAACU